AACACUAAAACCAGCUGCUGCUUCUCUUUUUAUAUGUCUCAGUCUCACCAUUUUUUUCAUUUUCAUUGUACUGGCAUGGCACCAUUUCCUAUAAUAAUUACCAUUUUUAUGGCCUUUUUCUCUUCUUUGUGUCCCUUUUUGCCCUGUAAUGUCUUUUUGUAAAGGUGAUUAGGCACCAAAUUUCUCAACUUUUUCUCUUGGAAUUGAGGAAGGAGUUGGCUUUUUCAGGUGCAUUUUAGUUUUUUGGUGUUUUUGAGCAGUUUUAAUCUCUGGGGUUUGUUCUAAAUUUCAGAUCCUUAUCUGGCUUUUUAUAUAAUUUAUCAGGAGAAAAGAAAAGAUUUUGGAUUUGAUGGAGCACAAUGGGAUAUUUUCAGGCAUAGGAUCAGCUUCAGCAAUGUUAGGACUAGAAAUGCCAUUACAUCAGCCCCAAAACCCUCAAAACCAACCAAACCAGCAUCACAUGCACCACCCACAAAUUGUAGGUUAUGCCCACAACAAUCAUGAUCAGUCUGAUCACAACCUUCAGCCACAACAAUCUCUUAAAAAUGGCUACAACCCAUUUGCAUCCACUGUGGCAAAGCCACAGUCACCACUGAGUGAUGAAGAUGAGCCUAAUGGGGAUGAAAAUACUAGUGAUGGGAAAAAAAAGAUGUCACCUUGGCAAAGAAUGAAAUGGACUGACCAUAUGGUUAGGCUUUUGAUUAUGGCAGUGUUUUAUAUUGGUGAUGAGGUUGGAUCUGAAGGGAAUGGGAAUGAUUUUAAUGGGAAGAAAAAGAGUGGCAUAGCUCAAAAGAAAGGGAAAUGGAAAUCAGUUUCAAAGGCUAUGUUGGAGAAAGGAUUUUAUGUGUCUCCACAGCAAUGUGAGGAUAAAUUUAAUGACUUGAAUAAGAGGUAUAAGAGGGUUAAUGAUAUACUUGGCAAGGGGAUGUCUUGUAAAGUUGUUGAGAAUCAAAAUUUGCUUGAGACAAUGGAGUUGUCAUCAAAAAUGAAGGAGGAAGUGAAGAAAUUGUUGAAUUCUAAGCAUUUGUUUUUCAGGGAGAUGUGUGCUUAUCAUAAUAGUUGCGGUCAUGGAUCGAAUGGAGGUGCUUCCGCUUCUCAUUCGGCGGAAGUUGCCACGGAUCAGUCCCGUCCUCAGCAUCAGCUGCAGCAGAGAUGCUCUCAUUCGACUGCGAAUCCUCAAUUCGCUACGAAUUCGAGGACCGAAACAGAGGGGUCGAAAAUGGCGAGAAGGGCACGUAAUGAAGAGGAGGACGAGGAAGAUUAUGACGAUAGCGACGAGGAUGAGGAUGAUUACGAGGACGAAGACGACGAAGGAAACGAAGACGAUCCUGCGCGAAAAAGGCAAAAAACAGUUGCACCAUUAUCAGCAUCAUCAUCACCAUCACUAGUGCACCAAUUGAAUAGUGACUUGGUGAGUGUGGUUCAAGAUGAAUCAAAGAGUGCAUUGGAAAAGAAGCACUGGAUGAGGGUGAGAUUGAUGCAAAUAGAAGAGCAAAGAGUUAGCUACCAACACAAAGCAUUUGAGCUUGAAAAACAAAGGUUGAAAUGGGUGAAAUUCAGUAGCAAGAAAGAAAGGGAAAUGGAGAGAGCAAAAUUAGAAAAUGAGAGAACAAGACUUGAAAGUGAAAGAAUGGUACUUCUGAUUAGGCAAAAAGAAGUUGAAUUGCUUGAGCUUCACCAACAUUCUAACAAGAGGAGUGAUCCAUCUUCCAUUACUGGAUGAAUUGUGAGAUUCAAUUGGGUAGUUUUUAUAGCUUAAAAAUUGUUGUUUUGCAAUAGUUAUCUUAGCUCAAUAGGUUGAAAUAGUUGGUAUUUUUGUCAUCAUGUUAUCUUAAAGAAAAAUUAUAGAGAUGGUGUCUGAGCUUUUAUAAAUCUUUUAUUUUA